CUUACUCUUUUGGCACUUUUUCCAGCAUUAACUCAUCUCGAUUUUCUUAUGCGACUGAACCGUCAGUCGGUAAACGAAGUAUUUUAGCUGCCAGAGAAAGGAUACUAUUUUCCCCCAGACAUCUGAUUUACCUCAAUGUGUCACAUACUGGUUAUAUCUCAGGAUCAAUGAUUAACGUUACAAUUGCUAAAGAUAACAAUCUUCAAGUGGUUGAUGCAAGUCAUUCAUACAAAUCUCCAUCCUGUUCUUAUGGACUGAUAAAGGGCCUUGUCCAUUUGGUGGAGCUCGACAUGUCCGAUAUCGACUGUUCAAAUCCAAAUCCUCGUAUGUUGGCUGAGUGUCCGAAUCUAUCGCGACUCACUGCUAGGCAAUGUAAUCUCGGAAAAGUCCUUGCCACAAAUAGUUCACUGUUCAAAGGAUUGUAUAACCUUUCUUUCGUAGACGUUUCCUUAAAUAACCUCAAUAGUCUCAAGAAUAACUUGUUUGAGGAUCAGAAAUAUUCUCUUAAAUAUUUAGUUCUGGCUGGAAACAACAUGGAUCAAAUUCCUUAUCAAAUGUUAAAGGAUCUUGCUGUCCUAGAGAGGAUUGAUCUGAGUAAUAAUGCUAUUUCAACAUUAAAGAAAUCAGAAUAUCACGUAUUGGAUGAAUUGAAUUCUAAAUCAGGCAAUUUCCAAAUUGUGCUGUCUGGGAAUCCAUUAGUGUGCGGCUGCAAAUAUUUGGACUUCAUUUCGUGGAUAGAAACAACACAGCUCAUAUACAAGAAGCACGACCUAUUGUGUUUAAAUCCAGAGGGCAGCUACAUGAAGAUUGAUGAAUUCCUAAAAUCUUUUGAUGAAUUCAAAGACAGCUGUGUUUCUCAGUUUUGGUUAAUCACGUCAGCUAUUCUGACAUUGAUCUUCUUUGUGUUUGGUGUCCUAACCCGAGAGGCAUGGCGACGCAGUGUGUGGUUACGACUCAUGUGCCGACAACCUUUAGAACAUUCGACAUUUACAAAUGACAUUUAUAUAUGUUAUUGUAAUGAAGAUUCUAAAUGGAUAAAAAACACAUUCGCACCCUGGUUAGAUGAGAACGGUAUUGAAUUUUGUUGUGAGGAUAAAAGCUUCCCACCUGGCCUUGACAUCGCGGACAACAUUAUGAAUGCCAUAGAUUGUUCACGUAAAACUGUAUUUGUUGUUAGCUGUAAUUUUUUGAAACAUGUAUACACAACGUUCACUUUGAGAUUAACCAACGAAUAUUCAUAUCGCGAUGGUCGAGAGAACAUGAACCUGAUUAUUUUGUUAGACGACAUAAAAAGGAGCGAAUUCCCAAAGCUCGUACGAAAGAACUGGGAUGUAAUACGUCCCUUACGUUGGCCUAACGAAAGCAAUACUACAGCUUAUGGAAAAUUAACCAACGCCAAGGACUUGUUUUGGAAAAGACUCUUAAAACGUAUCCGACGAGGAAAUGGUCAAUUGUCACCACAAGUCGCCGAGUCAACCUUUAUUAGUCUAUAGACAGAAACUAACUUCAGCAAUGAUUUUAAAUAUCCGUCACAGUAAAAGUAAAAUGCGUUCAAGUUUGGACCAGAUUGGGAUGAGACGUUUUCAUCCUUUUAUCAAGCUGAAUGGGAAUAAUGGAAAUCGCCUCUAGAAUUUCUAAAAGACUUGUAAGAUAUCUCGCAUGGUCGUUACCAAGUUCUCCAUGCGAAUACCAAAGAUCUUUUCUGGUGUCCCAGAAAAAGCUAUCGCAGCUAUCGUAUACUAAUAACUCGGACAUUUCACACAUGUCAGGUUUCAUAAUGGACAAAUCAAAAUUAUCACCAAUCAAGUGGCAAACAAUACCCAGAUUGGAAUUGUGUGGUGCUUUUCUGGCAAGCAACUGAGAAAUCGUUUCUGAGCAUCUCAGGAUUUCCCUCGGCAAAAUAAAGUACUUAACUGAUAACGAGGUUGUUCUUGGUUACAUCAACAACACAUGUCAGCAAUAGAGUGGAUCGCAUACUUAGGAUCUCUUUACCACAGCAAUGGAAUUGUGUUCCGACUAAUUUAAAUCCCGCUGAUAGCGGUACACAAACUACAGUAAGGACCAUGAAAGACAGCGUAUGGCUACUGGGUCCGAAAUGGUUACGUGCAAGUCCAGUUCUUUGCACCGAGGACAUUUUUCUCUUGUUGGUCAAGAGGAGGACAAGGAGACCAGGCCUGAGGUUAUUGUGCAAAAGACGUCGGUGGCAUCUUCUAUCACACUUGGUUAUCAUCGAUAUUCUUGCUUGUAGAAUUUUAUGGAGGCAAUAUCAUUCUUGAAACAUGAUGUUAAAUCUUUCAACGGCCCUCACGGAACGUGAGUGCUCCAAGUUCAGACAUCUUCCGUUGCAUUGCGACAGAAAAGUCAUAAUUAUCAAAGAUGUACAGCGAGAAAGUUUUCGGAAGAAGUAGCAUGCUGAUCUCAAGGGAGACAACUCAUAGAUAAAAGUUCGAUCCUACCUUUGUCGCCAUUCAUUGACAACAACGGCAUAAUGCAAAUUAGAGGCAGAAUGAACAAGAUGAAAGGGAUUGAAAACAAUCCAAUAAUCUUUCCGGAAAGACAACACGUGUCUACUCUGGCCCUCCGUUCACUUCUAUAGGUGUUGACACCUUCGGUCCAUGGCAAAUCAUCCACUUGUAAGACCAGAGGAGGCGCAACUGAAAGCAAAGGAAGGAAAAUCCUGUGUACUUGCCUAACAUCGGCAUCAGUUCACAUAGAGAUGGUUCAAGAGAUGAGCAAUUCUCCAUUCAUUAACGCUAAAUGUCGUUUCAUUUCGUUGCGAGGACCAGUGGAAUUGAUCAGGUCUGACAGAGGGUACGAAUUUCAUUGGAGCAAUAGACGAUGUGUAGGAAUCAACACCAUCAACGGUCCAAUCCGCGAAUUCCUCUGCGCUUCUGGCAAAACCUGGAUUUUCAACUUCCACAUUCUUCUCACAUGGGAUAAGUGUGGGAACGCAUGUAGGAUAUUUGAUGAUAUUAUGUUGGAAUCGAAAACUAAAGUACUCAACAAUGAAACCUUUCCCAGUCCUUCCAUAAUCCUGACUGGGAAGGUAGACUAUUUAUCUUUUGUUGAGUAGUCUCUGGACGAGAAAGACAUCCAUCAUGCGCAUUAAAAGUACUAGCCGAAAUAUUUUAAGACGUUGGAAGGAUGACGUUCAGUCGUGUUACAAUUGGCAUUCCGAUCAACCCAAUCUGAAAUUGGGUGAUGUUGUUCUACUCCGGGACCAGGAUUCUCGUAACAACACUUGGCUGUCGGGCAUCAUCAUGGACAUAGUUGACAGUGAAGACAAAAACGUGCGCAAAAUGAGUGUUAAAGUGAAAUGUUAAUGAAAAAUGACAAACCUAUAAUAUAUUGACGCUCCGUCAAUAAAACGGUUUUCCUCCGUAACUGAUAUAUGGUGUUAAAAUGAUAAGCAUGUAAUCUGGUAACAGUAGAUGUGUAGUGACAUCAGAUAGAUACAAGACGGGGAGUAUGAUGGCUCAGUUUGAAGUUUUUUACUUUUCACUUUUAAGAGUUGUAUCUGUUUUUAUACAUGAUGAAUAUAAAAACAUACAAAUAUACUUCA